AUGAUCGCUCCGAUUGCACACUUGAUAGAAGAUGAGGAACUUAUCAUUGUUCCUGAUGGUUCAUCAUUCUUGAUUCCUUAUGCUGCUCUUGUGGACCAGAAGUCCAGAUAUUUGUCUGAAACGCUGCGAAUUCGAUUGGCUCCAUCACUGACAAGCUUGAGGCUGCUGAUAGAUUGUCCGGAGGAACGCCAUAGUACAUCUGGUGCCCUACUAGUUGGUGACCCGUGGAUUGAGACUGUUCGCCUUAAAAGCCAGGAAAAACAAAAACCAAAGAAAUAUACGCAACUCCCUGGUGCUGAAAAGGAGGUAAAAAUGAUUGGACAGAUAUUGAACGUUGAGCCUCUCAUGGGAAAGAACGCUACAAAAGAUCAAGUGCUACGCAAACUAAACUCAGUUUCGUUAGUUCACAUAGCAGCUCAUGGCUCUGCAGAAAGGGGUGAAAUUCUGUUGUCACCUAAUCUUGGCAGCUCCAAACCUCCCGAAGAGAAAGACUUUCUUUUGACCAUGAAAGAUGUGUUGGAUGCUAAAUUGGACGCCAAGCUUGUUGUCCUAAGCUGCUGUCACAGUGGGCGAGGGAAGAUUAAAGCCGAGGGCGUGGUGGGUAUUGCACGUGCCUUUUUAGGAGCUGGUGCGCGCUCUGUUAUUGCGUCACUGUGGGAGAAUGACGACGAUGCUACUCUGACGUUUAUGAAACACUUCUACGAGCAUUUGGUCAGGGGGCAGAGUGCAAGUAAGUCACUUCAUGAGGCCAUGAAAAUGAUGCGGGAGUCAGACGGCUUCAAUGCCGUGAAGUACUGGGCCCCAUUUAUGCUGAUUGGCGAUGACGUCACUUUAAAUUUCGACCAAUGA